AUGGCUCGUCUAUUCAUCACCAUCCUCUCUGUUUUAGCCAUCGUUCUCCUUUUCUCAGCUUCUUCCGCCUACGCAAGCGACUCAGUUGCUGAAUCUUUCGUCAGAAAAACAUGCGACGACGCCACAUACAUUGACGUAUGCUUAGAUACACUCCUCCACCAAGCUGCCCGCAUCAACAGCCACCCCAAAAAGUCCACCCGUCUUGCCAUCAUGGCAACCAUAGCAGAGGUUCAAACCGUGUCAAGUAAACUCGAAAACCAAGCUAAAAAGCCUAAACUAUGGACUCGUGAAGUAGCCGCCUUGAACGAGUGUGGGACCAUGAUUGCUGACUCCAUCCUGUCGUUGAACCGCGCAAUGGAAGAAAGCCAACACUUGGGGGGUGGAACCAAGAGGGAUAAGCAGUCCAAGAGGGUUAGCUUGGAGAAUGAUGUGAAGAAUGUGCAAGAUGUUGCUAAUAGAUGUGUUAAUGAUAUGCAUGUUGCAAAGGUUAGAGAUGUUUUGUUGACAAGGGUUGAGGAGAUUAUGGAACCUCUUGUUGAACUUGCUACUAACUCUGUUGAUCUCAUCCACCACAUGCAGUUUUAA